CUAAAGGGGCGAUUAUCGUAGUGUAUUUCAAGAAUUUUUCUCAGUACUGUUAGAAAAAGUUUAUACUUUAGAAAAGGUUUUCAUGUGAUCUAGCCUUUAUUUUCCACAUUUUUACUUUACUGAUAAGAACAUGUGGCCUAAACAUAUUACUCUUCAGAAGCUGAAAAUCUUGCAGAGUUGAAGUUUUUAAUUAACUUCUGAUUGAAUUCGCCUCUUUAUAGCUCGACACACAAACAGUAUGCCUGUUCCUGCCUUUUCAACUCUUCGACGGAGUGUUUCUGCUGGGAGCUCGUAUUCUCCUUCUACUUCUUACUACCGUUCUGGCAGUUUAGACAGAACCCAUACUAGGAAUUCUUCUUAUUCUUCUUAUAUUUUUCCCUACACCACGUCGUCGAAUUCCAGUAUCUCCGGUUAUAGUGCUACUCUGUCUUCUCGUCCACCACGACCUAUGAAAUUUAGUUCUGGGCACUUGGAAUUCUACAAUAGAACUCUGGAUAUCCGCCGGACACCGGCUAGUUUCAAUGUUUCUGUUAGCUCUUCCGCACGUAGCUCACCAGUCCGGUCUCUUAUGUCUAAGAGAAGCAACGACCAUUUGACUACUGCGCUAGGUAAAUGCUAUGAACUGAAUACGGACUACUGCUCGGACAGCGGUUACUCCAGUCGUCCCUCGCGAGGCAGCAGCAUUACCGAUCUUAGCACUUCUAUGUCACAUCUAAAAAUGCGGAAUCGCGCGAGUUCACCUGGGGAGAUUAGCAAUCACAGUUCCUCCAGCAUUGAUGAAAACGGUCAACCAGUAAGAAACUUUCACUUCUCUUCUAUUCGCUCUUGGCCCAGGCCGAGGGCCGACUUUUCAGGUAACUCCACCGACACCGGCUUUUCUUCUGUCUCAUCUGAUUACUCAUCCUUGCCGAGAAGAUGUAGAAAAAAUUCCUUGACAGAUGAGGAAAGUGUUGACAUCGCUAAACCUUAUGCCAGUAGGUCAAGAGAUAACUUGCAUAAAGGAGGACUUGUAGGCUUACGAAAUCUUGGAAACACGUGUUUUAUGAACUCAGUACUUCAGUGCCUUAGUCAUACCAAGUGUUUAUUGGAUUACUGUCUUCGGGAUAACUACACCAUAGAUAUAAACACCUCGAUCAGCAGUAUGAAAGGAGUUCUAAUGAAAUCAUUCUCCAGUCUACUUCAGUCCAUGUGGAAAACUAGUAACUUUGACACUGCUGUUAGUCCACAACAGUUUCAUAGUCAGAUUCAAAGAUUUGCUCCACGUUUCACUGGUUAUCGUCAACAAGAUUCCCAAGAAUUCUUACGCUAUCUUCUUCAAGGACUCCAUGAAGACGUUAACAGAGUGACAACCAAGCCUCGUCCUCUGACAUCAGACAUAGAUGACUGCCUAUCGUGAGUCUCGUUUUAAUGCUUGUAAAAUCUUUUAAAACGUCGCUGUGGUUACUACAAUUUGUAAUGUAUUCCGCACAUGAUUAUUUGAU